AUGAAGCGUCAGAUGGGGGUUUUGUGGUGCUGUUGCAUCCUUUUUUUUCUGCUGACAACAGUCGACACCGUCAUCGCCAGCAGCAACAAAACAAAGACAAACUUGUGGGCUGUCAUUUUGUCUUCCUCACGCUACUUCUUUAAUAUACGCCACACCUCCAAUGCGCUGACAAUUUAUCAUCUCUGCCGCAAGCAUGGAAUAGACGACGACCAUAUCAUUCUCUUAGUUGGUGACAGCUAUGCCUGUGACCCACGCAAUCCCUACCCGGCUGCCAUUUACAGCACUCUUUCAGGCCCCGAUCGAAUAAACUUGUAUGGCUGCAGCGUUGAAAUAGACUAUGCCGGAUACGAUGUGGAUGUGCGUCGCUUUCUUGGUGUUCUGCAGGGACGCUAUGAUGCCUAUACUCCGCCUUCGCGGCGCCUCAACACGGAUGAAAACUCUCAUAUCUUGAUUUACGCGGCCGGUCACGCCGCAGAGAGUUUUUUUAAAUUUCAAGACUCGGAAUUUUUGAGCUCCAUGGAUAUCGCGGAUACACUCAUGAUGAUGUGGGAGCAACGACGGUAUCGUAAGGUGGUUUUUAUGCUGGACACAUGCCGCGCAUUGUCUAUGUGCCUUGAAAUUAAAGCACCCAAUGUGAUCUGCCUCACCUCAUCGGAUGCGACAUUGGAGAGUUAUUCGCAUCAUUUGGAUCCAUUGACAGGGUUGACGGUUAUCUCACGCUGGUCACUUGAAUCUUUGAAACUUCUGGAGCAUGCAAAGUGUGAAGUCGGACCCAACGAGACGACAGCUCUGCAGAUGUCGUGGUACAACUUCAAUUAUGGUGAAGAACGUGCGAGUCUUCCUCCUCCGAGGUCGGUGCCGUCACACUUUGAUGCAGUGAAUGAUCCGAAGGCUAUUCAUAAAUGGAAAUUGGAGGAGUUUUUUUGUGAUCGCAAACAGGAUCCCGUUCCAGUGGAUGUACAAUAUGACCUGCUGUAG